GUAAAGAGUAUGGAAAAUGCCUGCGCACACAUUGCUGUAGUGGGAAAAGUACAGAGAGCUCUAUUGGCUCAGGAAAAACCUCGGGGUCACGGACACCUGGAAGAUAUUCCACAGGCUCACAGAGCCGGAUUCGUAGGAUGUGGAACGACACAGUUCGAAAGCAGUCCGAGUCUUCCUUUAUUACUGGAGAUAUAAACAGUUCAGCUUCACUCAACAGAGGAGCCAUGGCUAAUCAUCUUAUAACCAAUGCUCUGCUUCGUCCUCAUGGCACUAACAACCCUUAUAAUACAUUGCUCGGGGAAUCGGCGGUCUAUAACAACCCUUCUGUCAGCAUGUACAACGCACAAGAGGGGCUUCUGAACAAUGCCAGGGAUACAAGUGUCACGGAUACUCUACCACUGAAUGGUAAUCACGGCAACAGCUACAGCAUCGCCAGCGGCGAGUACCUCAGCAACUGUGUGCAAAUCCUCGACCGCGGGUACAACCACACUGAGAACGCCCUCGAGAAAAAGAUCCUGAAGGAACUCACCUCCAACUACAUCCCCUCCUACCUGAACAACCACGAGCGCUCCAGCGAGCAGAGCCGAAACCUGAUGAACAAACUCGUCAACAGCGUGGGCGGCGGGAGCGAGGACGACGCCAUCGUGCUGGACGACGCCACCUCCUUCACCCACGAGGAGAGCCUGGGCCUGGAGCUCAUCCACGAGGAGUCAGACGCUCCGCUGCUGCCCCCCCGUGUGUACUCGGCUGAUGGCCCCCAGCCCCACCUCUACAGCCGGCGGCGCAUCCCACAGGACAACAGCGAGAGCUUUUUCCCCUUGCUGACCAACGAGCACACGGACGACCUCCAGUCGCCCAACAGGGAUUCUCUGUACACCAGUAUGCCCACGCUGGCCGGCAUGCCCGUGGCGGAAAGCGUUGCCGCCAGCACCCAGACCGACCCCCCGCCAGCAAAAAGUGGCGAUGCCGAUGAUGUUUAUUACAAGAGCAUGCCCAACCUCGGCUCCAGGAACCACGUCCAUCAGCUACACACAUACUACCAGCUAGGCCGAGGCAGCAGCGACGGCUUUAUAGUCCCGCCGAACAAAGAGGGAACCUCCCCAGAUGGCAGUGCGAAAGGACCCGCUCAUUUGGUCACUAGUCUAUAGAAGGUUAAGCAAAAAUGAAGCAAACGGACACCCACAGCCCCUCCGUAACGCUCGGUUUACUGUUCUGAGUUAAUACAAGCAGUGGUAAUAUUGUGUGUACUCCUAAAUCUUCAUGCUGUUCUAAGCGAAAUGAAACUCUCAGACUUUUUUUACUGGAAUUUUUAGGCCAGCCCGGAGAGAACAGGAACUGCUGCCCCCUCCCUCCCCCCAUUUCCACCCUGUCCUCCCUCCCUUCAGACAGACUUCAUUAUGUUAAUGAAAGAGAUAGGACAGAUAACGGCACACUUCGUGGCCUUCUCAAGUUAUGCUGUAUUUGUUUAAACGAUCCUUGAUGCUGUGUUACUCUUAAUACUGAGGACCUGAUUUAAGAAAGAAAAAAAAAUGCAAAGAAAAAAAAAAAAGGCCAAAAAUGUGUAUUUGAAACUAGUAGCGAUGACGCAUCUAGGUGGGAGUGCUGCACAAAACAAACAAGCUAGCAAACUGUCUGUUACAAAUCCGGAUCAUGCAGCGGGGUUUGGUCACUCACAACUCGGUUUGAUCGCAGCGCCCUUCGCUGUGGAAGCAACCGAAACAAAAAUUAAUGAUACAGAAGGGAAUCCUAGAAUUAUAUGCUAAAGGCAUAUUUUAUGUUUUGCUGUAUUAACUGACGAUCAAAACUAAUGGCAGAAAAAGAGAAUCAAACAAUUUCUAUGUAAUGUACAGAUACUAGCAUUGCACAUAUAGUCUGCUUUCUGUUCCUCCAGAACUUGCGUCCCUGUUAAUGUAGUGGAAAAAAAAUAAGAAUUUUUCUGUUGUGCUGGUCUUGUAAGUUUGUCUACCAGUAGGAGCAAGGUUUUUCAUAACUCCUGUUUUUCUUUUCUUUCCUUUUGCCUCUCCCCUCCGUCCCUCCCGUCCUGGUAAAAAGUCUCACUGGGCAGAAAAGCGAACACCACUUUCUAAGGACCAUUUUUAGGAAUGCGAUGGCAGUUUCUUUCCAACCAAGCGAGUCUUUUCUUUCCUCAUCGUGUAUCUUUCUCAAGCCGCCACAUGGCCGGCAGACUUUUUGCAGAAUAGAGCAGGGCAAACUUUAUGUUUACAGUGCACAACCGAUCGUAACAAGAAUCCUGUGAAGCAUCUUUGGCAAGCAGCCCCUCACCCAGGCCGUAGGUUCGCAUCUAGAAGCCAAGCGGUUUUUGUAGUCGUAGCGGGGCUUCUGCAUGAGACGGUGAUUUCCCCAUAGGAGCUAAGGGCCUUCACGGCCCUGUCCGGUCCCCAUUUAGGCACUUGUAAUGCAGUGGUUAAGAAGAAAAUUGAUUGAUGCGUAGUGAUCUAAAAAGUACUUUUGCAGUGAUUUUUAAAGAAAAAAAAAAAAAGUCUUCUGUUCAUUCUUUUGCCUAACAGGAAAUUUAUUUAUUUGACAUGAUUUCAAGUAACAUAGGCUUUCCUGAGGUAAAUUAGCAGCACGGAGUAUAAUUUCUUCUUUUUUUUCUUUUUUCUUUAUUUUUCUUUUUAUUUUUAAUUUAUGAUCAUUUUGUAUGGUCUCAGCAGUUGAAUGACCUCAUUACUAAUAUUUGUUGUAAAAGUGAAGCUUGUUUGCCAACCAAUAAACAACUGAUCACAAUUUAGAAGA